AGCAGCGGCCACACUGUCUGGAUCGAGUUUUCUACUCGUCAACAAUUGCGCACUAAAUUUUCCGUAAAAACAAACACCAUCGGCCGUUCGGAGGCAUCGAAAAAACAGAAUAUAGCAGAGCAGCCAUGACAAUUCUGGGAAAACUGCGGGGGGAGAUCAAGGAUCAGGAGAAGGUGCCCCUGCCAAUGAACCUCAACGACGAGGCGCUGAUGCACCAUGGUUCUUUAAUCGCACCAAAGGUCGCUUACAGCGAUAAUGAAGCCGACGCGGAAUCGAUGGUCUUCAACCGACCGCAGCACCAUUGCAUCAAGUCCUUUCUGCUGUUCCUGAUCGCCGUGGUCGUGAUGCUCCUCGGAGUCCUGGGAGGAUGGACCCUGUACCGCCUGUAUGCUCCUUCGCAUGCCAGCAUGAGGUACCACGCACUGUGCGAGAUCCCCUAUCCGGAGGACUCGAUGGAGAUGGCGCGGGUGUAUCCCCGUUCCGAAGGACCUUUCGCCCUAAACUGGCGCUCGUUGCUGCCUGAGUUCGGACCACUGAUGCCGAACAGCGGAUCCCUCGACGAGAACUACUUCCGCGAGGACAUCGAAUUGGAUGGCGACAGCGACGAGGAGGGAUUCGCCCGGGUGGAUGUUCCUGACUUCAAGGACGGACGACGGGGCCGCUUCAUGCACGAUUUCAAGGAGAACCAGUCGGCGAUCAUCGACACCACCACUGGCCGGUGCUUCAUCAUGCCCUUGGACCGGGACACGACCCUACCGCCGACCAGCUUUGUAGACCUCAUGAAGAAGAUGAGCAUAGGCUACUACAACAUCGACACGGAGCGCGUGCGGCGACAGAUGCGCGUGGUAACGCCCCGCAUCACUGAUCUCUCGCUCAUCUCCGAGCGAAUCGCUAAUGAGUGCUACGACAUGAAGGUCUACAUGAUGGAGAAGUUCGUCUCGGGCGUUUCCAAGAGAUCGGCCGAUCCUUUGCCCGAUUCCGGCAAGUACGCGGAGUUCAUGGGCAAGGGCGUCAUUGAGUACGACUUGGCCAACAUCGCCGAGGUGGAGGCCUACGAGGCUAACGAGGCAAAGCAACGGGCCUGAGCAUCCCGAGGGCUCCUAGCUGCGAUGUCUGGAGGAGGAUCUUUUAAGCUACAACACCCCAUAUGAAUACACAACCUAAACAAAUUAUUAACUAGAAUCGAUUUAUACAUAUAGCGAAGCGAAGCGAGGAGAUCUGUUCGAGGAGCCAUGCCUAGAAGUCUAAAUCUGGUUUACCACUGGUUAGCAGUACACACACCCAGUUCGGGUGGAUAUAUCAACUUCGGCCAACUGAGUUUUGCGAAUCAUAGACCCUAGUGAAGAAGCGUAACGAAAAUGUACCUAGAACGCAAUCAAAAGCGAUCGACGAAAUUGUGACAAAUACGAGCAAUGUAUUAGCCUCGAGUGUGGAGUAAAAACGGAAGGGAUUGGAUCAGAUUGGAGAUCGGUACAUCACACACAGACACACUGCAUUCCAAGUACAUAUUUUAUAUAUAUGCUCUUUAACUACUCUAAAAAUUAAUGUAUAGACCGGAUUCAAAUCGAAGCUAUUUACAUGCAAACCAAAACCAACCAGAAAUCCGAAAAAGGAACGGAAACUAUCAGCAUGCGUCGAAACACAGAGAAAAAUUAAUCUAAAUGUUCUUUAAACUACUUAAUGUAUUAAACGCGAAUUUGUGAUCUUUA